UCAUGAUAACGACAGCAUCCUAAAAUAUGACUAGCUCUAUAUAAGAGAAGUUAAUAGAGGAACGCAAGAGAUGUAUAUAAUCUCAAUUCAACUUUUAGUGAUAUCCUCUUUUGAAUAAAAAUUCUUAGGUGAAGAAUAAGCACGCUAAGCAUAAUAUGCAGACCAAGCAACCUAUAAUGGUUAGAUGAAUGAAAAACAAAAUAAAUAAGGAGUUGGAAAAUACUUAUUCCCAAAUGGAGAUGUGUAAUUUUAUUAGUGAUUGUUUUUAGGUACAUUGGAUAGUGGUCUAACGAUCUGUUCAAUGGAGAAGGCGUUUAUCUUUUCAAUAAUGGAGAAAGAUAUGAAGGACAUUUGUUGAAUGGCAAAAAGCAUGGAGUAGGAAUCUAUUAUUAUGCAAAUGGUAAUAUGUAUAACGGGGAAUGGAUCAAUGAUUUGAAACAUGGAAAAGGCAAAUAUUCGUAUUACUUAUAAGGGGAAUCUUAUGAUGGUGAAUGGCAAUAUGGAGAAAGACAUGGAAGAGGAAUCUACAUAUACUCACUUGGAGAUAGAUAUGAUGGUCUUUGGGAAAGAGGACUCAAAUGGGGUAGAGGAAUUGUUGAAUUUGCAUCUGGAGCAAGAUAUGAGGGUUAAUUUGCAAGCGAUAAAGCUACUGGUUAGGGAACAAUGAUCUAUGUUAACAACGAUAAAUAUGAAGGGUAAUGGAAUGAUGGGUUAAAGCAUGGUUAUGGAGUAUAUACAAUGGCUGAUGGUUCCAGAUAUGAGGGUAAUUGGAUGAAUGAUGAAAGAGAAGGAUAAGGACUCUUUCUAUAUGCCUCAGGUGAUAAAUAUGAAGGGAUGUAUAGUAAGAAUGUGAAAAAUGGAUAUGGAGUAUAUGUUGCUUCUAAUGGAGAUCGAUAUGAAGGAGAAUGGGCUAAUGAUAAAAGGUAAGGAAAUGGUACACUUUAUAUGGCUAAUGGAGAUAAAUAUAUAGGAGAAUGGAAAGAAGGUGAAAAAUCUGGUAAAGGAAUCUAUUAUUUUGGACAUGGAGAUACUUAUGAUGGUAAUUAUUUCAAAUUUUAUUUAUAGGUUAUUGGUUGGGUGGAAUGAGACAUGGUUUUGGUAAAUAUUCAUGGAGCAUAGGUGAUUAUUAUGAAGGAGAAUGGAGAUUUGAUAAAAUGAAUGGCAAAGGGAAAUUUAAGGGAGCUGAUGGUUCAGAAUAUGUUGGAGAGUUUUCAAAUGACAAUAAAGUAAAUUGA